AUGCCCUUCCGGAUAAGAAUAUCCUCGCAGCGGGAGUUUUUGUUUAAAUUCCACGCGAGGAGCGGGCGGAUCGGCGAGGCGGAGGAGGCUUUCGAUCGAGUGCCGCAGCGCAAUGUUGCCGUGUGGAACAUGAUGAUCCACGCGUGUGCUCAAAGCGAUCAGCUCUUGGAGAGAUCUUGGGAGGUUUUCCACCGGAUGCCUCAACAUGACACUGUGUCGUGGAACACGAUGAUCGCGGCUUUGUCCAAGGCUGGAAAUGCGAGGGAUGCCAUCGCCCUCUUUGAGGGGAUGUCUCAGCGCAGCGAUUUGUCCUGGAAUCUCGUCAUCCAGACGUUUGCCUCCACUGGGAAUUUGUCCACGUAUGCCAACAUCGGGCAUUUUGAUCUAUGCGUACAAGUCUUUCACAAGAUGCCGUUUUGGUCCUUGGGUGCUUCGACUGCAAUGAUCAAGUUGUAUGGAGAAUCAUGUUUAUUGGAAAGAGCAAAGUUACUGUUUGACAGAAUCCCCGAGAAAGAUAUACCCUGCUGGACUGCAAUCUUACAAGCAUAUGCCCUUCAUGGGCAUACCGACGUAGUAGAAUCUCUGUUUCUUUUGAUGCCGACCAAGGACGUCGUGGCCUGGGCUUGUCUGGUAUCAUCCUACGCACGCACACUAAACGUAGAGAUCGCGUCUAAAAUCUACCAAAAAACGCCGGCUUGGAACAUCAGCUCUACCAAUGCAGUUCUUUCAGUAAAUGCCAUGUCCGGGCAUUUGGAGUAUGCUAGAUCUUUGUACGAGACAAUGCCGCACAGGAGCGCGGCGUCUUGGGCGACGAUGAUCGAAGGCUACUUCCUCGCGAAAGACUUCCACCGAGCUUGGCAUUUGAUCUCUUUGCUUCCAGCAAAGAACCUCUGCCUAGAGACCGUGAUAAUCUCCGGACACGCCAAGCAAGGCCACCUCCACGAAUCCAAGCUCGUCUUCGAUUCCAUCCCCGAGAAGAACGUCCUCUCCUGGAACGCUGUCAUCGCCGCCUUCUCCCACAGGGGAGCCCUGCUAAAGGCCAUGAACUUCUUCCAAGAGAUGCUCCUUGAGGGAGUCGCUCCAAUCGAGACCACCUUCACUGCCCUGCUCCACGGUUGCAGCCACGAAGGACGAAUCGGCCAAGGCCAGGAGAUCUUCUCUGCGAUGAUCCGAGCUCACGGCAUCACCCCCCUCGUUGAUCACUACAACUGCAUGGUCGAUGUUCUUGGGCGCUUGAAAAGACUCGAGGAAGCCGAGGAGCUCCGCUUGCCGGCUCCACGGAGAUGCCGAAAGAGGCAGCCGAGUCGCGGAGAUACUGCUCCAGCUGAACUCUUGGAGGCCGGCAACGUAUUCCUUGCUCUCCAAUGUCCUAAGCUGUGA